AACUUGUGUAUGUUGCCAAUGUUGGAAGCAUGUGAUUGAAAUUUCUCUCAUUUUAUUGUUUGAUGAAAAUAGUGGUAAACCAUACUGUAGAAAUGUUAAUGUUUUUAGUUCAUUGUAUGUAGUCUAUUGCUAAGAGCUCAGUGUACAAGGUGUGUUCACAGUGUGUGAUUGAUAUUGUUUAUUAGGAUAGUUGAAUCCAUAACCUCAACUCUACUUUAUACUGUGAACAGUUACUGUGUUUACUUAUUUGUUUAUAUAAUAUCAGUUUGUUGAUGUUUCUGUACAGAGUAGUUUUGUACAUGUUUUGCAAUAACUUAUUGCAAAGUGAGACACAUAUUCAAAGAAGCACACACAUUUCCAACACAAUAAUCCAGAACAUCCAUCAAUGAAUGUGUUGGACAUAUCUGUCACCUAUGACAUGGAACAUCACACAAGAGGGCACAUAUAAGGAAUUUUUGUGUAGGCUGUGUUAACAGACAUCUACACUGGAUUUGUUAUUGUCUUUUAAAGAAUGCUGAAGUACUGUCUUCCUUGUGUCAUGGUGGAAAAAUACGUAAGAAAAUUUUCAAAUUUUCCUUCAGGAAUGAAGGUUACUUAUAAGAAUGUGAGAAAAACUACCCAGGUUAAUAAUUGUCAGUCUUAUUCAUGCCCAACACAUCUACAGGGACAGCAUUUCCAUUUUGAAGGAAGAAUGUGUCAUCCACAUUUCAAAAUGACUGGGCAUAGGAUUCUGAAAUGUUAUGAAAGAAUGAAGAAUAAAUAAAGUUGCUUUAUGAGGUUAGAUACAGCAGCAAUAAAGGAAGGCACAGUUAUAAAGUGGAUCAAUUAUUAUAGGUCAGUUGUUAUCAGUAACAUUCAACAUACUGGGAAAGAUGAAAACUGCAGUGCAUGUUACAUUAUAUCACUGCAUGUUACAUUAUAUCACUGCAUGAGUACAGAUGGUAAUCCUGAACAUCAUAAUGUCCAUCUGGUGAGAUAUGGUGCUUUUUCUUCAAUAAAGCAAUAGUCAAAACUGAGAAAAUAAAGUUUCACAAUGACACUGAACACAUCCUUCUAAAUAUGAAUGUCGCAACAAAAAUACUAACUAUAUAUACCAUAGGCUUCAUAUACUGUCUUAGCAAGAUGCUCUGAAAGCAAUAUUCAGAAUGGAAGCAACGUUUGUGCAGUAAUGUCUGGCUGAAGUCCCCUAAAAAGAAUUGUGUGGAAAGAGGAAGUUUCUUUGGGUAUGUAUAGUCAGUUUCCCCGUUCAACAGAAGGUGCUAUAAAACAAAUUUUUGUAACAUCAAUGAACACUACACUAUCACAGAUUCAGAAGGGACUGUGCAGAGCGAAAAACUGGUGUGGAAUCAAGAAGUGUCAGACACAGUUUGGAGCUGGAGAAAUUUAAGACACAGCAGACAAAAUUUCUCAGAAUAUGUCAAGAAGAAAGAAGAAGCAAAGGCAUGUGGAAAUAGGGAAUUUAAAUGCCUAUAGUACAGAGCUGCCAGCUGAAAUUUAACUGCAGAGUCAAUAGUUUUGCAGCAUGCUAGUUCGAUGACUGGCCAGCGGACUAUGCAGAAACCAUGGUGCAUGGUGAAUAAAGGUUAAUUGAUGUCGGCGUCCGGAAUGGAGGAGCUCUUCAGCCGGAGUAGCCUGAACUCAGUGCGACACGUCAGUCAGGUUUCCAACUACCUGAGAGAGACGCUCAAUACCCAACCCACAGAUGAUCGCAAUUGGUGGUGGGGUUAUCUCAGGAGGCAAUUCCGACUGAAGAAUCUAGAAGAAUUGUAUCUCAAAUACCUGCAGCGCCUACACCUCGGUUAUUUUUCAGUCUUUGUGGUGUUGCAGUCAUUACUAAGUCUGAGUCAUGCGACAAUUUUAUGGAUUAUAGAGGCACCUCUACCUGAUGCACUUUUGUAUUGCGUGGCGAUGGCAUUGUGCUGGCCACUAGUGUUCGUUGUGUUCAAGGAGCGACUGGUGCACACAUUUCCAUGGAUUUCUCUGCUUGUUUCAUGCUUUGUCGUAGUCUUACUUAUCAUCGUUGAUCUGGGAAUACCCUUGUACCAUGCAAGUAACCGUACUGAAGCUGCUGAUGUUCUACGUCCAGCUUAUACAACACACACCCUUCUGGUGUGUUAUGUUUUCUUACCACUCACAGAAAACAUACAAGCAUUUAUCCUGGGACUUGUUGUCACACUCUGUCAUCUUACAGUUCUUGGCACAGUGACUUAUUACAAGAAACGAGAGAUCUAUGAACGAUUGGCUUCUGAUACUGUGUACUUUCUUUGUGUUAAUGGACUGGGACUGUACUUUCGCUUAAUGAGUGAAGUGGCAAUCCGUCGGACAUUCUUGGAUCGACGUGCCUGUCUUGAAUCCAAUUCAAAAGUGGAAUAUGAAAAGCAGCAGGAAGAAAAUCUGAUGUUAAGUAUAAUUCCACGGCACAUUAUUGAUGAUGUUCGCAAAGACAUACAAAGUCUUAUACAGCAGAUAAACGCACCUCUGAGGAAGAAGCCUUUUAGUGACAUGUAUGUGACAGAGCAUGACAAUGUGAGCAUCCUGUAUGCUGAUGUGGUCAAGUAUGCACAGCUAACAGUUUCGUUACCAGUCAAUAAACUGGUUGAGACGCUCAAUGAACUGUUUGGCAGGUUUGAUGAGGCCUCAGAGGAGCGUGGAGUGUUGAGAAUAAAGUUUCUUGGGGAUUGCUAUUACUGUGUUUCGGGUGUUCCUGAUUACAAUCCUAACCAUGCCAAGAACUGUGUAGACCUAGGACUUGAUAUGAUUGCAAUCAUUAAGGAGGUCAGAGAAGAAAGGAAACUGAAAGAAACUCUUGAUAUGCGAAUUGGGAUUCAUUCUGGCAAGAUUCUGAGUGGUCUUCUGGGUGUAUGUAAAUGGCAGUAUGAUGUAUGGUCACGUGAUGUCAUUAUUGCCAACAACAUGGAACAGGCUGGGAAACCUGGGAGGGUGCAUAUAACAAAGGAAACACUAAAUCUCCUAGGCAAUAACUAUCGGUGCAUUCCUGGUAAUGGAAGUACACGUAAUGAAGUACUACAGAAGUACAACAUAGAAACUUUCUUCAUUGUCCCUGCUGAUAAGCACAGUGAGGAACGUGUAACAGAGGAACGGCCAUUGUACAAUCGACGAUACAGUGCAGGAGGACAGCGCAGACUGACAAGCAACAGAGGCCCUUCACAGGUACGAAGAAGUGGAACUGACAAUUUGGCAGUUGGUUCCCGGCGCCGCAUUGCAUUCAUGGAUGAUAAUUUGUACAAAUACCAGCAAACACUGAAGAAAGCAGAUGAGCAAAUGGCUGAUGCAAUUAAAAACAUGCAUGUUGGAGUGUAUGAUCGAUGGCUUUUGAGAGAGAAUAUUAAUCCAUUUUGCCUUACAUUUGAGAAUAUGCAGUGGGAGUUGCCAUUUCUCAAACAACCAGAUCCUCUCUUCAAAUUCUAUGUUGGAUGUGCUCUUUUUGUUCUUCUUGGGAUGCUGACUAUUCAGUGUCUAGGUCUUCCAAGUUCACACUGGAUGCCUUGGGUUGGUUAUGGUGUGUCUCUGGGAGUAAUUUUUAUGUUGCUACCUCUCACAUGGACUCACUACAUGUGGACCAAGUUGAAAGACCCCCAUGAGGAGCAAGACUACAUUCCUGAGCCAAGAAACAAAUUUUUGAACCUCCUGUAUCAAGCAUCUCUCAAGGUGGUGUGGAGCGCUGGCACACGUACAGCUAUCUAUCUGGUAGUAUGUAUCAGUCUGACCAUCUGCACCAUGCUAGAGCUGCUAGAAUGUGAUAUGAAGGGUGACCAUGAUGACAGAAAUGUGAGCAACAUCAUGGCAGCUGACAUGGAUGAACUUGUGACAGAUUGCCUUGCACCAUGGCACAUAACACAGAUUUGCUCCUUAACGCUCAUCAUGAGCUUCCUCUUUUUAAGGAUACAUUUCCAGCUCAAAUUCAUCCUGGGCAUUCUUAUUAUAGUGACUUAUUCAUGUGGAGUCUGGAUUUUGUCUCCAAAAAUUUUUCAGUCUGGUGAGACCUGGAACCCACAGCUGGAAACAAAGAUAGCACACAUAAUGAAUGUUACCUUUCUAACUGUCACUCUACAUUUCAUGGAUCGACAGGCUGAAUAUAUGAAUCGAUUAGAUUACAAAUGGAAACGUCAACUGUCUCAUGAACAAGAAGAAUCUUCUACAAUGCACAUGAUCAACAAAAUGCUGCUACAAAACAUUCUUCCAGUACAUGUUGCCGACUGGUUUUUGAAUACAAACAGAGACCAUGAAGAACUUUACCAUGAGGAAUAUGAUACAGUUGCAGUGAUGUUUGCUUCUCUGACAGAAUAUGCACUUUGGGAUGACAAUGGUCUUGAUGGUUCCAAUGAACUGAGUAGCAUCAGACUUCUCAAUCAAAUCAUCUGUGACUUUGACAAGUUGCUGUUUGACACAAGUUCUCUCCGUGUGGAGAAGAUAAAAGUUGCGGGGUGGACAUACAUGGCAGCUUGUGGUUUAGAUCCUGGUAGAAGAGAUUCAGUUAAUUCCAUCAAUAGAAGUAGCUUCUCUGACCAUGUGGUUCUGGUUCUGACUCGCUUUGCAGCAAAAAUGAUGGGUGUUCUCCAGAAGAUCAAUAGAGAAACCUUCCAGGCUUUCAAGUUAAGAGUUGGAAUCUCACAUGGAAAAGUGACAGCUGGUGUGAUUGGUGCCCAGAAACCGCAUUAUGAUAUCUGGGGCCACUCAGUAAACAUGGCUUCUAGGAUGGAGUCUACAGGGGAACCAGGAAAAAUCCAGGUCACAGAAAAUACAGCAAGGGUACUGCAGCAACUGGGAAUACACUGUGAAUGUCGAGGUGCAAUUAAAGUGAAGAGCAUAACAAACUUAGUCACAACAUAUUUUGUGCACUUUGAUGAAAACUUUCAGUUAAUACAAGUGGAAAAUGUACAAGAUAGUGAUCAGGACAGUGUCCUGGAGGAGAGUGAAGUUAGACAUUGUGAAGAGAGGUACACAGAGGAAAAGCAAAACAAUACAAAACUAUAAACUAGUGAUGCUCAAACUGUAAGCAGUAUUCAGACUGUACAAAUAUAAUUAUAUAGAACUUUGUGUGUGUGAAUUCUUUUGUGUGUUUUGACAACAUGGUUAUAUUUUUUAACUGGUAAACAAAUAAAGCUUUUAAGAAAGA